AUGAUCCGAAACAUGUUUGAUGCACAGGUACUCAAUGUUGAAUUUGGAGGCUUCCCGAAAGGUCAGGGCCUCCCUCAAGAGGGAACAUUAUCCCCUAUAUUGAUGAAUAUUUAUCUUGGCCUGUUUGAUGAUGAGUUCCACAGAAUGUCAAUGAGAUAUGAGGCUCUUGAUUCCAGUAUUGAGCUUAAUGAAAAACAGCCUCAGUCAAAGUUGAGAAGUUGGUUUAGGAGGCAAAUAAAAUGUAGUGCUGGCAACCCCAAAGGUUGUGAGAAUUCUGGUGUUAGACUUUAUUCUUGUCGCUUCAUGGAUGAAAUAUUUUUUGCUAUUUCUGGUCCCAAAGAGGCUUCACUUUCAUUAAAGUCCGAGGUGCAGAAUUACUUCCAGGAUUGUCUUCAUUUAGAUGUCAACAGAAAUAUGGAGAUAGUACCAUGUAAUCAUGGCCAAGGUGUUCGUUUUGCUGGUGCAUUACUUAUUAGAACCAUUAAAGAUAGUCCAGCAGUUAGAGUUGUUCACAAGCUGAAGGAAAAAGUGAAAUUAUUUGCUUUGCAGAAACAAGAAAUUUGGGAUGCUGGGACAGCCAGAAUAGGUAAAAAGUGUCUGGCUCAUGGUUUGAGGAAGGUUAAGGAGUCAGAGAUAAGGCAUCUUUCUGACAAUAACUCUUGUUUGAGCAAAAUAUCUUGUUACCGUAAGUCUGGCAUGGAAACCGAUCACUGGUAUAAGCAGUUAAUAAAAAUUUGGAUGCAAGAUUUAAAGAAAAAUGCUGCCACCAACGAAGAAUAUAUCCUAUCCAAGUGUAUUGCUGAACCUGCACUUCCACCAUCUCUGCUGGAGUCAUUUUAUGAGUUUCAGAGACGUGUUGAAGAAUACAAUUCUUCUGAAACUGAUUCCCUUCUUUCUCUUUUGCCAAGUUCAGGUUUGUCUCAACAAUGUGAGACUAUCACACAGGUUAUAGCUCCUGUCAAUGUCAUUCAGAAGCGUCUGUUACGAUAUGGACUGGUCAGUGACAAAGGAUAUUCCCGUGCAGUUCACGCUCUCAUUUUACAGGAUAGCAGCCAAAUAAUUGAUUGGUUUUCUGGCAUUGGACAUAGAUGGCUGAGAUGGUGCAGCGAGUGUGAAAACUUUGGCGAGUUAAAGAUUAUUGUCUCAGAACAAGUUAGGAAGUCUUGCAUCCGGACACUAGCACUAAAAUAUAGAAUACAUGAAUCUGAGAUAGAGAAAGGUUUUGGUUCGCAGCUGAGCAGCAUGUUGCUCAGCCAGGAUGCAGAGGAUGGAAUAUGUGAAGAUAUGUUGGAUACUUGUAGUCUUGAUAAUGACGAGGCAUUGAUGUAUGGAAUUUCUUACAGUGGGUUGUGCCAACUUUCUCUUGCCAUGAUGGUGAGCUUGUCCAGGCCUUGUAACUGUUUUGUUAUGGGUUGCUCAGCUGCAGCACCGUGUGUUUACAUUCUUCAUGUUAUGGAAAGGCAAAAAUUUCCUGGCUGGAAUACGGGAUUUUCAAGUUGUAUUCAUCCCAGUUUGAAUAAAAGACGCAUUGGUUUGUGUAAGCAGCACCUGAAAGACUUAUAUCUAGGUGAAAUAUCACUUCAAUAUAUUGAUUUUGGUUCAUGGAAACGAUCUAUCAGUUGAAAGAGGCGGUUUGCCUACAGAAAAUGGCUACCCUUUUAACAAUACGUUCAGAUUGGGAAGCAUAAAGGAGGUUGAGUUUUGGGAAAGCUUAAUGUCCUAGGUAUGUGUUUUGGCUCAGUUGAUUUACUUUCAUUAUAUUGCAUAUUUGCCGUCAUAUUAUUUUACUUUAUAUUUUUGAAAGUUUGCCUCAGUUAUUGAAUCACUUCUUCUUGGAACAACAAUUUGUACAUGUUAUACUACUUUUUGUUAUGCCCCGAUCACCCACCUUGUUGGGUCAUACACCACCAAGAAUCCACAUUAGUAUGAUAUUGUCCGUCUCGCGCCCAGCCCUCACGAAUUUGUUUUUGGGCUCCUUCCGAAAAGGCCUCGUACUAAUUGGAGAAGGUGAAUACUCAUAUGCUAGGCAAUCUUUGCCUACUCUUCCGACGGGGGACGUGGGUUGAUAUCCCAACAAUACUCCCCUCAAACCAAGGACCACUAACCCGUGGCCUCCCCACAAACGAAACCAUCUUGCACCGCCAUUUUCACAAAUAGGACACAACGCCUAACCACCACAUUGUUAAGAAGACUUUCAACACACGAUCUUCAAUCGCGAGGGCACACACAAGGGCUUCUCCACGCACCACAAGUGUAGCCCGCUACCUUGGAUUAUUCGACAAGUGUUAUUAUCUCUAAAUACGUUGCAAAACUUUUGCUGAAAAGAUAAAUAAUACAAAAGUGUUCAAUAAGUAACUCACAACCCAUAGGCACCCCAAAUACACCCAAGAAUUUUUCUCAAAAAUUCUCUUAAAGCUUUCCUCUAUUUUUUG